AUGUCGUUUAAAAAACAACUAGAUUUAUAUAUAGAAGUUGAUGUUCUAACGGCAGGGACAACGGCCGAAGUUGUCAAUGCGAUAUUGGAAUCACUUCUGUAUCAAAGGAAUCAAAUACCUUUUGUUUAUAAAACCUAUCGAUAUUAUGUCAACAAAUGGUUGGAGCAAGAAGGAAAACAGUCAAUUCUUGACAACGAAGGCUAUGGAGUACAUAGUUUUCAAGUGCAAAGAAAAAAACAGCAAGCCACUACUACUAAAGAAGCUAUAAGUUCAAUGCGAGAAACUAUUAAGAAUACCUUUGAAAAUAAAUGUGUAAAAUCGUUGAGAUUUUUAUUUGGUUCUACUAUAUUUACCGCCAAGGAGGCUUAUACUGUUCACGUACCAACUGAAAAUAUGGCAAUAAACCAUUUUCAUGAUCAUCAUAGAAUACCACCGGCCAAAUUAAAUCAGACAUUAUUAUCGCUAUUGACGAGUGAAGAUCUUUAUGCCAUUUUUUCACAUAAUUUGAAUCCUACCAACAUUUAUUUGGAACUAGAAGUACUGGAGAAGGAAAAUUUGGGCUCAAUAUCUUGUAAGGAUUCUAUGAAAAAAUCAGAAAUAUUUCCAAAAGAUUUUUCACCAUUGCCGGCCAGCUGCAAAGACAUCCAUAUUUAUUUAGUGCAUAAACAGAGUACAACUAUCGAUUAUAAACAACUUAAAUGUUGUAAAGAACUCCAGGUGUUCGAAGAUCUAAUAAAUUUAAAUUUGGAGAGCAACAGUGAUCGACAAGAAAAUAAAAACGCAAAAUCUUUGGCAAAUUCUAUACCGGCUUGGUGGGAAGCUGAAAUUGUUAUACGCGGUUUUAAGGAUCAGCCUAUUAAGGGGCUUAACAUAUGGUCCUAGUCGCUUAUACCUAUAUAUUUAAACAAAGUUAGUUUAUAUGGACAUAAAUAACAUUUAAACAUAUUGUCAGUAUUUAAAAAAAAAAUUUCAGCAAUAAAUCGCACUUAAAAUUUGA